AUGAUAUUCAUCAGUUUCCUUCUAACUUAUAUUAUUAUACAAGUUAAUGGAGUAUACUUUUAUGUUUCUGAGGGUACUGAGAAGUGUUUUGAAGAAAAUACACCAAAUAAUACCCCUAUAACAGUUAAUUAUAAUAGUAAAAAUAAUAUAGGGGUACAAUGUGCUAUUGUAUUUAAAGAUCCAGAUAAUCAUGAAGUAUAUAGUAAACCAGUUGAUAGUAAAGAAUCAGAUGGAAAGGCAGCAUAUAUGACUCAAAAUGAUGGAGAACACAAAAUAUGUAUUAGAUGUGAAUCUUCUAAUUGGUUCAGUACAGAAUUAAUAAGGUGGGAAAUGUCUAUUAUAAAGGAAGGUAUAAUUGAAAAUAUAGAUAUUAGUUUAAUAGCAGAUAGAGAUCAACUAGAUAAUGUUGAUUUAACAAUUCAGAGGAUAACAAGAAGAAUAAAUAUCUUAUUAGCAGAAAGUGAAUAUGAGCAUCAUCAACAAGAUGAAUUUCUUUACAACACUUUGUCUAUGAACUCAAGAAUUACUCUUUUUUCAGUUUUACAGAUAGUCCUAAGUAUAAUGACAACAGGAUGUUAUCUCAUUUAUCUUAAACGCUUUUUUAAGAGACAAAAAUUUAUUUAA